AUGGCGUUCGUGCAAGCUCUCAAAAGUGCGACACUCGAAGACUCCGGGCUCGAUCCUAAGGUCAUUGAGCGCAUGCGCAAUCCGGCACACGAUGAAGACCUGCCGGAUCUCACAGCGCCUGAAAACCGCGCGCUCCGUCUCGCCCUCAAACAAUUCAUUGCGACCGGCCACUCAGAGAAGAUCUAUCGCGACUGCCGGGACAAUAUAAUGGAAUUCAACGAAGGACUCACCCUGCCGACUUACGAGGCCAUGCAAAAAAUCGUUCAAGAGCUCAGCGGAGUUGUACCGAUUGUGACUGACAUGUGUCCAGAUACCUGUGUCGCAUACACGGGGCCAUUUGCAGAGCUCGAUCGUUGCCCAGAGUGUGGGGCCGCGUGGUACGAGAUGCGGGGAAGGAAACGAGUGGCGCGUCGGACCUUCCAGACACACCCCUUGGGCCCGCAGGUUCAGGCGCUGUACCGAUCGCGCCAUUGCGCAGAGCGCAUGCACCACCGGGAGAAGGUGGUGGAGCGUCUGAUGGAGAUGGCCAAUGCCCACAAGAUGGUCGAGGUCACCGAAGAUGUUUUCUAUGCGGAGGAGUACAUCAAACUGGUCGAGGCGGGCACUAUCCGAGAAGACGAUCUUGUUCUGAUGUUCUCACUGGACGGCGUGCAGCUCUACGAAUUCAAGCAGUCGGACUGCUGGAUCUACAUUUGGAUCCUGUUUGACUUGGCCCCCGAAGUCCGCUACAAAAAAAGGUACGUUCUUCCGGGCGCAUUCAUCCCAGGGCCUAAGAAGCCCAAAAAUGUCGACUCGUUCCUCUUCCCUGGGCUGUAUCAUGUCGCCGCACUCCAGAACAGCCCUCUGCAAAUCUCAUCUAGGAUGAUGCACUCGCGCCCCAUCAUACUGUUUGCUACUGGUGACACUCCGGCUAUGGCAUACAUCAACGGGCUAGUGGGACACUCUGGACAGCACGGAUGCCGGCUCUUCUGUCCUCUUAAGGGGCGUCGUAAACCGGGAGGAGGAGGCCACUACUAUCCGGCAAUGCUCAAACCAGCCGAUCCGGAGUACGAGCGCGUGCGGGGGAGCGUGCACCCCAACUACAUACUCCGAAACCCUCCCCCCUCUGACGAGUCGAGUUCUGACAGAUACUGGCGACAGCUGGGAGAGGUCCUGGCGUGUCAGACGCAGGCGCAGUACGUCAAAAAGCGCCUCGAAACUGGCAUUGCGAAGCCGUCGCUCUUCAUGGGUCUCCCUGUGCUCUGCAGGUUUCCGAACAGCUUUCCAGCCGACAUCAUGCAUCUCCUGACACUGAAUGUGACUGAUCUUGUUCUGGGACUGCUUCGGGGCACCUUGAAACGUUCGACGCUGACGGACCCUGUCGAGGACUGGGACUGGGCUUGUUUCGCCGACGCCGAAACCUGGGAGGCUCAUGGCAAGCUGGUCGCCGAGGCUUCUCUCUAUCUGCCUGGUUCCUUUGAUCGCCCUCCUCGUAAUCCUGCUGAGAAAAUCUCUAGUGGCUACAAGGCUUGGGAAUAUAUGUACUACGUCUAUGGCUAUCUACCGGCGGUGCAAAAACCCAAAUAUUACUGGCACUUCUGUAAACUCGUGGCUGGGGCUCGUGUCGCACUCCUGCUCGGAACUCCUGUCAAGCUCCGGCAGCCCGUGCAUACCUUACUGGUUGAGUAUGUUGAAGACUUUGAGGAGAUGUACUAUGGGCGGCGUGUCGACCGACUGCACUUCUGCCGGCAGGCGUUGCACGGCCUCAUGCACUUGAUGCCUGAAAAUGCUCGCGUCGGGCCAGCUUGGUUGCACUCUCAGUGGCCCCUCGAGAACGCAAUUGGAAACCUCACUGCAGAAAUCGGGUCGCAUUCAAAGCCCUACGAGAACCUCUCAAAUCGUGGGCUACGGCGCGCGCAGGUCAGCGCGCUUAUUGCGAUGUUCCCACAAACACUUGAAGUUGUCCCCGCGCUCCCAGCCAGGGCCGUCGAACUAGGAGACAACUACGUGCUCCUCCAUCCGACGAUGCGAAGCCCACGGGAAAUUGGCCUGGCGGACUCGCGCGCCCUGGCUGCGUACCUUGCUGCGCAGGUCGUCAAGGUGCCCGAAGGUUGGACACCCCGUCUCAUCAAGUGGGGUCGAUUGCGUCUCCCCAACGGAGAAGUCGCCCGCACCGCGUGGAAAGAAUGUGAGGGCAAGAGACGGGGACGGCCUGUGCAUCGUGCUCGCAUGGUGAAGGUAUACAGUUCAAUAGUGGAGGUACAAUACUUCUUCAGGCUACAGAGAAUGCGCGAGGACAGCGGCACGGAUGAAGCUGACCUGAAUUUAGCCAUGGUCUCUUAUUUCACACCACUAGAUCCCGCAAUCGUCCGCGACUCAUAUGGGGCCCUCCUGGCAUGUCGAUAUCAGGGCGAUGUGUCGCGCGAGGUCAUCGACAUCAAGCGCAUCAAGGCACUGGUCGCCAUGUUACCCCUUCCCCCAAGGUGUGAGGAGGCUGAAGACCCAUGCGCGGCUGAGUUGUAUACGAAUCGGUUCUUUGUAGUCGAACGGCUGGGCUUUGAUUCAUCGUUAAUUGGUCAUGAGGAAGAUCCUGCGAGGGAGCAAGACUUGGAUAAUGAUGAAUAA